GGUGGGGAAUGGUUUGCCUCAUUUGGACGCGAGCGCAACCGUGGAACUAAGCUGUAUUGCAUCUCUGGACAUGUCAAUCAUCCAUGUACAGUCGAAGAAGAGAUGUCUAUUCCACUGAAGGAGCUCAUCGAGCGACACUGCGGUGGAGUUAUCGGAGGAUGGGAUAAUCUUUUAGCCAUUAUCCCUGGAGGCUCUUCCGUCCCUCUCCUGCCCAAGGAAAUCUGCGAUAACGUGUUGAUGGACUUCGACGCUUUGAUUGAAGUGAAAUCGGGUCUUGGAACUGCUGCUGUCAUCGUCAUGAAUAAACAAGCUGAUAUUGUCAAGUGCAUUGCUCGCCUAUCCAUGUUCUACAAACACGAGACUUGUGGACAGUGUACGCCGUGCAGAGAAGGCUGCAAUUGGCUGAACAAAAUUAUGUGGCGGUUUGUUGAUGGCAAAGCGAAAAAAAGUGAAAUCGACAUGUUAUGGGAAAUCACCAAACAGAUGGAAGGGCAUACGAUUUGUGCUCUUUCCGAUGCUGCUGCAUGGCCUGUGCAGGUUUGUGAUUUUAACUUUUAUUACGUCGAAAUCGAAUUGCCUCUUCUGAUUCGAUCGAAGAUGCUAGUCUACUACAGAUCAAGAAUGAUUAUCGUUACGGAGACGGAUAUUAGUUAUUUCGUAUCCCAAGAUGUGCCAUUGCAGACAGUGGCGAUCUCGCAAUCAGUUUUG